ACGCAGAACCCUUGUGCUCGCCUAAAACCUCUCAUAGUAAUGUUGUUGGUGAAAGGGAUGACAUAGCUUUUGGUCGGUCGGUAUCACAAGAACACGAGCGAGACCAAAGAUCGUACGCAACUGCACUUAAAGAUCACAAAGAGGGUCAACAGUCACUCCCUAAUAGCUUGCAUAGUGAUCACAUGGUAUCACCUGGUCCCCGUUCCCGUUCAUCUAGUACUGCUUCAAACAACAACAUAUCUCGUUCAGCAUCCAGCACUGACUACUAUCCACUCAGCCCUGCACGAGAAUCCCCUAAAAGUCCAACCCACCGUCCUUAUGUUGGCGUUGAUGAUAUUGACCCGCAACAGAAGUCUAAUCUAAGUAAAAGUCUCAACAGCAGUAUGUCUAACCCUACGUUUUCCUAUUUCUAUGAUAAUCUGCCUGACAGCUCUGAGUACAUCGAAGCCAUGAAGGAGAAACCCCCUAGAGCGGGCUGGAGACCGCUUGCGGGUAAACAUGAAAAGAGCGGACGGCGUAUGGAUUUUAAACCACAGUAUAUAGAUAAAGAAGGUCGAAUGCGUCACGGUGUUCGUGUACGUGGAGCGCUAAAGUCUAUGGAAUGUUGGCUGCAUACUACUAAUAAGCCACCCAUUGAUUGUCUGUUUGCUCACUCGCGUAUUGGAGAUACCUUAGAAUUUAUAUGUAUAAGAUGCACCUCCGAGAAAGCAAGAAAUUAUGAAUGUCGGGAUAAGAAAGGUCAUGCCUUGUUCAUUUGCAAUCUGGGACCAUACCGGGAUAUAAAUGGAGAGAAAUGGCGAGGAAAAGUGGAACCUUCAUAAUAACAAUUAAAAAAUAAUGAAUAACUAUAUAUUGUCACUAUUCUUAAUUUGUGAGACAAAUUUUUCAACUUGGUGUUUUGUUAAAUAGAAUACGGUUUUAACCUAACUACAGUAUAUAAGCGAUGUUCUUCUUGACCUUAUACAUAUAUGUAACUAUGCAGAUUUCUUGAUAAAUUCUCAUAUAUAUAUAUAAUAAUUUAGAUAUUUGAAAUGUAAUACAGGAAGAAAGAACUAAGAGACGGACAUAGGGACGAAAGAAUAAGGUAUAAAACUGGGAAUAAUUUUAAUGUGUUACGAUACGGUAUUGAAUUCCUGUAUUUUGUAUCCUCCCUUGGCAACUAACCAAAAAGAAACAGCAAUUAUGCCUAUGCUUACUUUUUGCAUAUAAUUAUGCAGGAGAAACAAUAAAAAGAGAUGCACUGUUAUACAAAUGAGGUUUACGCCUAAUUAGAAUUAUAAGCUCGUUUUAUAAUAUUAAAACAGGCCUGGGUUAGCUCUAACCCGGGUUGGUUUUUUAAUUGUAAAUGAGCCUUAGCUAGCUUAUUGGUACUGCUUAUAUAAUAUUAACUUUUGUGAUAGUAAUCAUUGUUAUAGGAAUCAUUUCAACAAUACAGUUGCAAAGAACGUUGGGAAGUCAAGCCCCCAUCAGCCUUGCAAACGUCAGUGCUUACAAAUCAGAAUGAAAUUCUUGACAAGGGGGACUCGCCCCCCUGGGUUCCUAAAAAGGGGAGCUGAGACCCCCUCUCGUGGAUUAACAUAAUAAACGAAAUUUUUAUUUUAUACAGUAUAUAUAUUUUAUAUAUAUUCAUAAUCUAAAACAAUUUUUCGCUUCCCUUGGCCAUUAGAUUCACCCUUUAUGGCAAUUGCUAGAUAGUAUACUUCAAAAUAAGGUUUCCGUUUUUAUAUCAAUUUUUUAAAUAAGUUAGGGUUAAUAUUAGGGUUUAGUUUUGCGUUAGGAUAGUUUUUUCUACGUUAUAAAAACGGAAACCUUGCAGUAUUUUGAAGCCUGAUUUUGAAGUAUACUUUACAAUCACCCCCUAGAUUCGCCAUCUAGCAAUGACGUCACAUCGGGGGAGAAAUCUGGUAACAAAAUAAAAUGCAAAUUAAUGUUUCUAAUUUCUGAAUAGCGUUCGAUUGCUUCUACGGAAGUCCAAAGAAAGUAGGUGUAUUUUGUGGCAAUAUGCCGUUAUUUAAGAAGGGAACAAGUGGGAAUUUAAGUAAAAAGAGUUAUGAUAAGACAGAUAAGGAAGUCGAGCCAGCAAAUACCGAAAACGGCGCGAAUCCCGCCGUGGCAGCACCGCCACGACCACCGAAGAACACUGCAAACAAGUCUAAUCCGUCAGCGUCAGAGCAACAAACAGCAGCAAAAGCGCCUGAAAUUUCAAAAGAUAACAAAAAAGAUGGCCAUCAACAGCAAGCUAAAAUUCCACCAAAACUUCCCGAUAAAGCAGAGGGAGCUACAAAUGGCAAAACGCCGCCAAAGUUUAUAUUUUAUUGUCAACUUGCUCACGGCAGCCCGACCUGUGAAAUUCAAGGAUUUACAAACGUCAAAGAAUUAUAUGCCAAAAUAUCCGAAAGCUUUAAGAUCGAUAUAAAUAAGGUACAUAACUUUAUAUUUUGACUUUGUGUAUCACAAGAUAAUGUUGGGUAUAUUUUUGCGUAUGUGUAUUAUCAUGGUUUUUUAAUGUUAUUGUUCACUUCGCUUUUGGUUUUAAUAUCAGGGCUUUAUAUCGAUUUAUCGUUUAAAACCCUAUAUAUUCUCAUAAAUAUUAACUCUGAUAUCUUUGAAUUUUAUUUGCCAGCGAAGUGGCAGCCAUUAAAUUUCGUACUGGGAAAGGUUUAUCCUAAACGGUUUUCUCACUCGCUCCCUCUGUUUAUUUGCAGCAGGUGGAAUUGGAAUUUUGUACAAAGGUUUUUUAUUUUUGCCGAUGAUUGCAACAUCUAUGCAUGUCAAAAUACUACAACAAAACCCACUUUUUAAUUAAUUACAUUGAGCUGAGACAUGUAUAGGCCUGAUAUUUGCAUCAGUGGUAUCAGUCUUCUGAAAUGAAAUGAUAGUACCGGUAUAUAGUUUAUAUUUUAUAGAUCAUCUUGCAUGACUAGAAUUCCUGCUGCUUUGCUAUUUUUAUAUGGUAGUCCAUGACAACAGGGUGCCCACAUCUUCCUGGUUUUUUUGUGUUUUAAGUGUACAUUGUCACCACUAGAUGAUUAGUAUCUAUAGGAUGCACUUUAGGCAAUUGCAAUUAUCUAGAAGCAUCAUAUUUUAUCUAUUUGAGCUGAAUUUUAGGGGCUAUGGCCAUAUUUUAGAUAGGUUUGUGUGACAUUUUUACCAUGGCAAAAUGAAUGGCACACUUCAUGCCCACUUGAUGUUUUCAAGUCUUGGUGGGUGGGUUUGGAUAAAAGACGUCAAUUUGAAGUUUUGCAUCACAACUUUAAUAAGGACGUGGCCAAUUACAUGUACAAUAUUGGAUGGAUGAUCAGUCAGGACAAAUUUGGACAAACAAGCCCGAGAUUAUUUUUCUUACAAUUCAUCUGUGCACUACAAUUUGUCUGCAUGAGGGCUAUUCCAUAUGAGAAGUAGGAAAAUCACAUAUUUUGAAACCAAUAAAUAUGGAACAACUUAUGUCAUGCAUGAAAGAUUCCAAGUUGAAAUGAACAAAACAUGCCUUCAGGGUCUUAGCUAGAAGGCUGUGUUGGCCAUGUUAUCGCGGCCAAAAAUGUAAAAACAUGGCUAGAUGAAAUUAACGCGGCUUCAUUAUUUAUUUUUGGCGGUGUGCAUUUAGGUUCAUAAAAUAAGGUGUUGCUACUUACAACAUACAGAAUUUCUUUGUAAAGUCUACUGUAGUUGUUGAGAUUGGUAAAAGUGAUGUUUUGAUGGAUGAUGUGCACCAUAUGGUUGUUAAAAUGGCUUUAAAUGUGCCAAGAGUUGUUAAAAUGAUUUAUGAUGUCAGUGCAAAAUUUGAGCAUAUGCUUGCCUUGUAUUUGGUUGAAAAGCAUAGAACAACCACAUGUAUAAUCUAUUGUUGAUAAGCAUAGCUGGAAUUGUGUUUUUGGCUAUUCAAGGCAAUUGACAUGGACACACCCUGUAAAUUUAGAAGCACGCCCAAGAUAUAAAAUGCUAGCUACAGUAAGACCCUGCAUGCCUUUAUUUGUUACAUUUGGCACCCUCUCUUUUGGGGUUCUACCCGGAAAAUAUUGGGCAUGAUUUGUUCCCAAGAGGCAUGACCAUCAACAGUAUAGAUGACACUAUAACCUUGCUAGUUCAUUUAGUUGUGUUAACACUAAGAAAGAUGAUCUGUCAGACAGAUGAUGUGUUUCUUACAUAUUUGUUAUAAAUCAGCCCAACCGCGCCUCAACAAUGCCGCGCCUCAACAAUGCCCGCGCCUCAACAAUGCCCGCGCCUCAACCCCAACAGCUUAAAACCGCCAGCUACACAGGCUAUAAUAUUGUGGGUAGCAAGUAGGUCAAUUAUUUUAGCUUGUUGAAAUUUCAGUCUUAAGUUUGUAAUUCACCUUGCCACUUGCAAGACCCUUGCAAAAAUACUUAGCUUUCACUAUUUAGCCUUGUUUUUUGGGAUUAAGAUCUUGGCUUUAGAGUGCUUUAUUUUGUUAUUGAUAUCCUAAUAAUAUAAAGGUCUUUUAUAUUAAUUCUUACACAUGUGUAAUAAAUACAGUCUUAAAUAUUUAAUUGGUUCAUUAUUCAGCUUUGUGUUGCAGUUUCACAACGGAUAGGGGUGCACCCGGGACAGUGAUUUUUAUUAUCUGGCCAGAUACUCCCCUGCGCGCAGACUAUAUAAUGACGAUAUCUGAAAAAAUCCGGCCGGAUACCAGAUAUUUUAAUAGUAUCCGGACGGAUAGUAGCAAAAUCAUAGUGAUAAUAUCCUGUAUCUGGCUGGAUAUUUACAGAUUUACUAUCUGGCUGGAUACAGCAUAAUUUGUUUUUCCUGAAACUGUGUGCUAAAUUUCUGUGUAAGUGUACUAAAUUGAAACAAAAGAAUAAUAGAAAAUUGACAUCAAUACAUGCAACAAAACAACAAUCUGAUUUUUUCUGGGUUGGUGUAAUGUACUCAGGUGAAUAUGAUGUUUGUGAUGUUACUCUGAGUGUGUAUAUCCACACCGGGCAAGCUUGAAAAAUAUGCCUGGCCAUGGUGGGAAUCGAACCUACGACCUUUGGAAUACUAGCCCAAUGCUCUGCCAACUGAGCUACGCGGUCAGGUUGGUUCGAGUAUGUGAUAUUUUGGAACAGAAUCUAGUUCCUUCUAUAUCAAUGUAAUCUACUAAAUCUAGUAAUCUGAUUUAUUUAUACAGUUUAAAUAUUAGCCAGAUUAAAAAAGGGUGAAUUUUGAGUAGUUAAUAAUACAUGACUCAAGUGCAAUUUUCAACCAUGUAUUAUUAAACUAUUAAGAAUCAAUUCACUGUUUUUUUUAAUGUUUUUUUCAGCAAGUUUUCAGUAAUCUUUUUUUUAUCAGAACUGCUUUACUCUAUACUUUUAUGUUGGCAUUGUGUACUUGUAUGCAAUGAUAUGUUCAUACAUUAUUUUGGCUAAUUAAUUUAAGUAGAACGGUCAGAACUGGAAGGGCUUGAAGUUUGGUUUUUGGUAAUUGCCAUGGCCAAUGAUGUGGUACUUAUUUAACCCAUUGACGAGUGAUUGUCUGGCGUUAGUCAAAGUAAAAUAAUAAAGUAGGGCGCAUCUGGGUGCAUUGCCACUUUAAGGGUUAAUGUUCCUAUCAGGGAUGCUUUUUAAAAGCCUUGAAGUAUAUAGAGUUGAUUAUGUUUUAAUGGACCUAUACAUGUGGACAGUCGUUAACAGCCCAAACCCACAGCCAAAAUUAUACAUAAAAUUUUAAAAAAUGUAUUAAUUAAAUAUUUUAUACUUAUAGUGUACAGGACUUUCCUAAAAAGAAUUUCCAUCAGCACUUCAGACAUUUCUUCCUGGGCUGUACUCGUUUCCCUCACCUUUUGGCUCAGCCAUAUAACACUACCUUUGAUUAAUCUUAAUUGUCUGGUGAAAAUAGUGAUUUCAUCAUGUUGCAGAAAUUUACACUGCAAUUACAACUUCUGUAGUUAAAGUGUAUAAACUGUUACAGACCUUCCAAGUUUUCCGCAAUUACCGUGAAAUUCCCGCAUUUUUGUUUGUUUUCACACAUCACGCAUGAAGUGACUUUCUCCCCGCAUUCAAAUAGAUUCAAGAUCAACCUCGCAAGCCAGCUGAGUCUUUACCUCCGCACGGCACUUUGCUGUAGCGCCGUGUGGCAGUAAAGACCCUAGGCCUGGCUUGCGAGGUUGAUUCAAGAUCUGUAUUCUGAUUUCUGAUUGAUGACUAUACAUUAUCUCACAUUCUAAUUGUGUGAUAUAAAAAAAUAAUUGUCAUAUUAAUUGGUUAUUUUUGCAUGAUACUGGUAAUGUCUUUGGUGACAAUUGUAGUACUUUUAACCAAAACGUUUUUUCUCUUUGCCAAAGUGAUAAAGCAUGAUUAGCCAGACACUUUUCAGGGUGCACCAGUUAGCUUCCUCAUAUUUAGUGUACAAUAGGUUUAAGGAUAGGUUUGUGAUCGAGGUCAAAGAGAAACAUAUUUCUGGACAAAACAUGGGGAUAUAACCUUCAUCAGCUUCAUGCGCGCCUGCGAUAUUAAAACCGGCCGUUGUACGAAAAAAUCACUAUCCGACCUUCGUAUAACCCCUCUGGUACAACUGGCCCCGGUUUAAUAGCACUACUGUAUAUCAGCAACAUAACGUAAUUGAGCGAAUCAAUUUUUAAAACUGGUGGUGAAAAGCUCUUAGCUGGUAGACUCUGCACAUUGCUGGGGGGAGGCAAGUCCCCCAACCUCUAUUGUGACCUCUCCAGUGAACUAUAUUGCCCCCCCCCCCCCCCUAGUGAAGGUCCCUUAUGUCUGAAAUAUAAGCCAAAAAGAGAAGAAUAAUUACUUAGUUGGGAGCCGUGUUUUAGUAGUCCCACGACGAUACUGUUGUCUAUAGGGAUAUGCAUUAAUGGCUUCCUAUAAAUAUAAUUUAUAUUCUAUAGACUAUAAUUUGCCGUUGCUCGAAGAAUCGAGAUAGAGUCUAUGGCGUAGACUAUAAUCCUUACUAAUAUGUCCUUGUUUUUGCUGACGAUUUCACUCAUCAAGUGUUGGUCUUUAAUUAACGGUCAUUUCUAUUCAUAUGUAGAUUUUGUUUUGCACAUUAAACUCGUACAAAGUGGAUAUGGAGAAGUUACUUGGAGGUCAAAUAGCACUAGAUGACUUCAUAUUUGCUCAUAUUAAAGGCGAACCAACAGAAGUUAAAGUUUUAAAAAGUGAGCCAGCUUUAGGUUUGACAAUCACAGACAAUGGAGCAGGACUAGCAUUUAUAAAAAGAAUAAAAGAAAAUAGCAUCACAGAAAAAGAUAAACGAAUAGAAGUUGGGGAUCAUAUAGAGUCAAUUAAUGGUGAAAAGGUUGUUGCAUCACGACAUUAUGAUGUGGCAAGGAAGUUGCGAGAUAUUCCAGUUGACAGUGACAUUGUGUUUGGUUUGGUUAAGCCACUCAAGGCCUUUGGUACGUAUAUGUAACACUGCGUGAGCAUGUACUACUCUAAUGUGCCAAGCACACCAACAUGCUCAUAACCUAUGAACCAUAAACGAGGUUAAUUUAGUACAAGUUUUCGUGACGUUGACUAUCUUGCAAUCAAUAUCUACUUAUGUACACUGUAAAAUUACACACACAAACGAAGCCAUGUGUUUUCUAAUUACCGGUACUAUCAAUGACAGCACACGCCACACUGAUUUGUCCUCAGAGGUUAGGAAAAUCCUAGACCAAGGCUAGAAAUUGUGAGUGGGAGUCAAGGCAAAUUCUUUCAAACUUGUCGUAAUUAGCUACUGUCAAACUGCAUCAAUUUUCGAGCAUCCCUCUCUCACCCCUAUGGCUAUGACAAAUAAAAUCGGAAUUAGAAUUUAAUUAGAAUUAAUAAUUAAUUAGAUUUAUCCCAUAGGAAGUUUUUAAACGCAAGGUAAUUAGUGCGGCAUAAGUCUGCUAAUUAGUGCAGCAAGAAGCGUUAAGGCACAAUUCUAGUCCUCGCACGAAGCUCCUCGCAGCCGGUGCGAGUGCUUGCAUCUAAUUAAAUAUGCAUGCACUCGAGCUGCGAGGAGCUUCGUGCGAGGACUGGAAUUGCGCCCUUAGUCGUGGUGUUCAAGUUAUGUCAUCGCCGCCGCAAUUUUCCGUAGACAGUCUGACUCCUCAUUGAUAGUCGGACGCAUCAUUGAUCCGCGUCCAGGCCUCCCCCGCGCGUUAUCGAUCGAUCCCUACAUACCCUGUGUAAUCUACAUUACAAACUUGUUUUUCUGAUUCCGAAAAUACUCAAGAACUGUUAUUGCGAGUUAAAACUAUAUAUCAUCCCAAUUAUUGAAGAGAAUCAGUAUAAGAUAACUAGCGUGCAAGGAAAUACUGGAAGAUUCAAAGCGAUCAUCAAGACCACUUUCCACAAAUCAAAAACAAUGAAUCUUACCGCAUUUACAAAGAGUUACAAAAGCAAAGAAAAGAGUUACAAAAAAAAGAGUUAAAAAGCAAUGAAAAGCAAAAGGGAAUGGCGAAUAUAACUUAAUAAAAUAUGUCAGAUGUCAUCACCACACAAGAUAUGAGGCCACAAUAUGUCCUCAGAUUUUGGCAUCGUACUAAAGCAAUACAAUAUUUUGAAAUCACUAAUUGCGCGCGCAAGACACACUGGGAAGCGCAUCUAAUAAGAAGAAUAUCCGCUGAACGAUGUGUCCGACUAUCAAUGAGGAGUCCGACUUUCUACGGGAAAAAAAAUUAUUUGCAUCGCCGCCAUGUUGGGUGAAUUUCACAAGGGACUUUGUUUAUUGAUAAUUCAACUUUCGUCACAUGAUGAUUCCUUUGCAUGUCCUUCGAUUAGUGGCGAUUGCUUGCACACCACCUACUGUAUAAUGGUGACACUCAUAUAUUUAAUUGACUGCUACAUUGUGAUGGUGAUUGGAUUGAACUGCUGUCUUAGUUGAUGCCAACACAUGACCUGUCUUUUUCCUAAAUUUUUUAGAAGGAAUAAACUUUGGUAAAUCAAGUCAGAAGAAUCCUCCUGAAAUAGACAACAGUAAACUUGGAACUGGACGAGCCACAUUACGACUAAGGUCUACAGGACCUGCCACAGUGGAAGAAGAGGUACAGUACAAUUAGCAUUUCCUAGAUAUAACUUAACAUCCUUUAAAAGCAGGAUGUUAAACUUCAAACAUGUACAGCUUUCUUCCCUGCAACCAAAUACAAGUAAAUGAACGUAAAUCCCGUAGUAAUACUACAAAUAGUAGAGUUCCCAACAGAAGCCGUCACCCGGCGAAUUUCACCGCCUGUAACAUAAACAAUCGCCUGUAGCAUAGACAAUCGCCGCAUAGACAAUCGCUGCGAAAACAGGCUAAAAUAUUUCGCAGAGUAAAAUAUUUCCUCUUCAAGACUUCAGCACAGAAAUAUCAGGAGAAAGACAAAUUUUACACGAUAUUUGUCAUUUAAUUAAUAACUAUGUGGAUAAUUUGAUGAAAUCUCAAAAGAACUUUCUAAAAUGCAUGGAAGUGCCAUUUCAGAUGGUCUGAAAUUUUUAAAACCUUACAGAGAGACGCCAUUGGAUUGCUCAAGUGAGUGAUACCUUCGGACCCACAUAGCCGCUACUUCUUUCAAAAUACCUCCUACUCUAAAUUUUAUUGGAAACCUUCAGGGUUCUCAUUAGGAUAUAUAAAGUAGCAGGAGAACAGAAAAAGUAGACGGCAAGGUGAAGGUAUUAGGGAGUGUUGUAUUGUACAGUAUGCGAGCGCGGAAGCACAGAAAAGUAGACGGCGAACAUGUAGGAAGUAGACGGCGAACUUCGCCGGUGACCCGCUUCUAUAAUGAGAACCCUGAAACCUUGUAUAGGCUAUAAAAAUCCCCCCAAGUUUUCAAAGAUGCUCAGACCCCGGGCAACCAGAAAUCGACAAUUAGUACUAAAUUAGCAAUAAAAUUUGGGAAUAUACAGGGUGUAUCAAAAAAAGCGCAAUCCUCGACUGAAAUGUAAAUUGCUAAACAAAUAAUAGACGAAACGUUAAAGUUUACAUUCAUUUUAAAGCGUAGCCAUUCAGCUUUCUAACAGUGGGUUGUUUCUUAAAUUUGACUCAUUGGUUCGCGGGUAAUAAUACUUUACGUUAUUGCGAUUGGAGAUUAAAAAAAUUGAGAUGGAAUAACUAAACGUUCUCAUGAAAAUAACUGAUUUUUUCAUUAAAACAAAAAAAUGUUGCAUUUAUUAAAUGGAUUGUAACAAUAAGUAUAAUUACGGCUUUUCUUCCACUAUUUUUAACUCAGUUUGAAACUUCAAAUGCGAUAUAAUUUUGGCUUCGACCAUCUAAGCUGACUGACAUCAACUUGCUAUAAUUUCUGUUUACAUUACAUCGCAAUUCGAUGACAUUCUGGCUCAGACACCACAAUGUUUUGACGAUUUUUAGCAUUCGUUUAGGAUUUUCAAACAACCUGGUCUCUUUUAAAAUACUUUUAAUUUGUUCUUACGUGGUUUUCCAGAUGUAGUGACGACAACAUUAAAGUUUAAAGAAGAAAAUUCUAACAUUUAAACCGACUAAACAAUAACAUAGUAAACUUGCAUAAUUAAACAGCAACUAAAAUGAUAGGUUUUACUAAAUCUUUUCCUGUGCAAUUAUUACUAGCAUUGGAGACAAGGAUAAUAGUUUGUUUGAAAGAGAAAAGAACAGGCUUUGAAGUAAGCCUAAAAGCGUUUAACUAGAAAUAGUAUUUCGAAAGCUAUUAAGCACAAAAGAUGAAUUGCGUUUAUUUUGAUACACCCUGUAGUUAAUAAAUAUGCAUAUUUUAAAGCGGUUGACAAUUAAAACUGUAAACUGUGUCAACACAACUAUUAAGGUGUGGUCGUGGAAACCCUUAGUGGACCACUUUUAUAAUGGCGUCACAUAACUACAACUACCAGAAUUAAAGUACUUAUGGGGUAAUAACCCAAAAAACAAAUAUAAUCAAGUAAGAAUAUGGAAACGAGUUUCAACGUACCUCACACCUCACAACAAACGGCAAAUACGUGGCUUGUCACGUGACCAGCAGAAUUGUUUAUUUAUACUCAAAAUUUCAUUUAAAAGCAAAUAUUUACAGCAAAUAUUUUGUAAUUGUAAUCAAUUCCUUUAUAUUUUUUAACAUUAAUUUUGCAGCUGUGUUAUUUGCUCUUAAAUACAUUUCACAUAAAUUGUAAAGAUAUUGUGCCUAACUCGGUGCCUGAGGUUGACACCUUCAAGAGAAGGGCGCCUUAAUACCAUUUAUUGUACAUACUUUUUACAGUUACCAAUUUGGGAAAUCAAUGCUGCCAAGAAAGUGGAUGACCUACUAGAAAGUUUUAUUGGUAUAAGGGAUGCAGAACUCGGUAUGUUCUAAUAUUAAAAGCAAGUGUGAAAACGCGCACACAUUUUAGUGCUCUUUAAUCUGUCUCCCAGGAAACAAAAAUGUUCCUUAAAAAUUCAGUAUUUUUCAAUCUUAGUCUUAUAUAAGUUUCAAAUUAAUACUAUACUGGGCACUCGGAGACUGCAUACCUCCUUCAACGUAUUAAGUUAGACAUGCAUAAAUUAUACAAUGGGCUAAUUAAGCAUUCAGUUUACUCUGCCCGCUAAAGCAAGACAAACGUUUGCUAAUUUCUCAUUCAAUUUUCAAUCCAAUUUAAGCAGAAUUUACUAAUCAAUUUUUCCUUGGGCAAUAUCCAUUAGUCCAACAAAGUAGUCGUAUUAAUACGUUUGAUAGUUCUUGAGAUAUCAUUCUGCAAGACAGACAAACAGACAGACAGACACACAUACAAUCACGGAUGAGAACAUAAUCUCCUGGCGGAGGUAAUAAAAAGAAUGUUUAAUUUUAAAAUUCAUUAUGUUUAACAUUGAUCGCUCGAACAGGAUACAGUAUUUAGUUCCCCAAUUGUGACUUUUUGCUGAAACAAUGUUUCCUGAAACAAUGUUUCCUCGUUGUCCACCUUUCGGAAACGUGGGUAGGAAAGAAUGAUGUUGCGACACUUCACGAUUCCUGAUUUUCUGAGAGCUUAAGUUUGGAUUUUUUGUCAUUGUUAGCCGACACCCUGGUGGAACUAUCAAAGAACAAAACGAAUCCAAGUGAAUUCACAGCAGCUGUGGAAACAAACUUUGGUGAAUUUGAGUUUCCUGACGAUUUUGUUUUUGAUAUUUGGGGAAUGAUUGAUGAUGCCAAGAACGGACGAUUGUAG